AUGGUAGGUUUUCUAGGUAAAGCUCUUAAUAGAUCAUCAAUUGAGGGAAAAUAUAAGGUUUUAACUACUACAAGUAAUGAUAUCCCAACUUGUUAUCAUUUUUCCAGGAGAAGAAAUUUAAUCAUUGCUAAAGUACUAGAAGGUGAGGGUUAUUUUGCAUUCAGUUCAAUUCAAUCUUUUGAAAAGUUUAAAAGCUCUAAGAAUAAAAAUGAGUUAGAUCCAAGCGGAGUUGGCGUGCCAUUGUUGCAUAUUAUUAGUAGGAAAGAUGGCCUGUUUGAUUCCAAGGUCACAUCUACCAUUGGAUUUUGUUUAGGAAUGAAAAAAAUGAGUUUUAUAAUCUAUAUUUAUGAGAUGAAAUCCAAGAAUGAGCCCCCACCUUAUAAUAAGUUUGAAAUAAUUAUUGAAUCGGAAACCCAUACGUUGUAUAAAACACCAUUUUGUCAAGUCACAUGCGAUCAGUUAGGUUUUACCAAGGAGUAUCAAUUUGAAUACCUGCACACCGUUAACAUUGAUCCAAUUGGUAUGAAAAGAGAUUUAAGAACUGAAAACUAUAGUUCAAAUAUUACAGGCCAGAAGUUGAAAUGGAAUAGAAAAUUGACAAUGUUAUCACUUUUUUCAGAGGACAGUGAGUAUGAAUUAUUGCUAUUAGAGGAUAUUAAUAAUCGUCCUAUACCGAGUAAUCCUAAGCCUAAAAUUGCGUAUUACACUAAGGAUUUUGCAGAUUCGUUUUAUGGUUUUAUCAAACGUUCUGCCGAUCUUUUUGUUGGAGAACAGAGUGCUGCUGAUAGUUUGGGCAUUGUUGGGGUCCCAAUGUUGACCGUAGCAAUAACUUGCGAAGCAUUAGUUCUACAUUAUGUUGAGCACCAUCGUAAACUUGAAAGUAGGAGAAGGGCACGCCGGAGAAAUAUGCAUAGACAAUGA